AUGAGACAGUCCAAUCGCUUUUUUGGCAAAGUGCCUUGUCUGAGUCUGGUAGUCUUUUCUGCAAUUGCCAAUGCUGGCCCUCAGCAAUCAAGACGAAAACAGUCACAAGCCAAAAGUCCCACAAUCCCUAUUAAAGUAACAAUUAUAUUUUGGACGAAGGACGAAAACGGUCUCCACGGGAUCAGCUUGCACAUUGCCGCCGAGCGGGAUCAGUGCAAAAUAAAAGAAAAACGCGCUUACAGGAUUGAAGGACAAGUGGGAAUUAGUGAAACUCAUAGCACACCCAUAAUCUUGGAGUUCUCUGCAAGCACUAUUGUAAUUGACCAUGCCAAAGUCCUCCCGAAUUGUUUGGCCAAUAAGACUUGUGCACAAGGUGUAGGUCGGAUAGUAGAUUGUUCAAUCAGGCGCACAACUGGCAAAACCUUUAAGGUCAUAAAGGUUUUGCAUCAAUGCUGGAAUCCCGAACAAACCCAUGGUCUUGAUUUCCACGCUAACUACUUGCUGGACAACAUCAACUUGAAACUAAUCAAAGCGCUGGCAGUUGGCAACCUCAUCAGUUUACAUGGAAAUGUUGUGUCGUAUGCAAUUGACAACACCUGGGAGAUACAGUGGUGCUUUGGUCGUGAUCCACUGGGUGAAGAGCCAAUCACCAGUUGGAUCAUCAUUACAAAUUACAAAUCAUCCUCCUGCCUGAGCAUGGAUGAGAUGACACAGUAUAAAGGCAAAGCAAUUGUUUAUUUGACAGAAAGGAAACCUUUCUUCAUUGGGGUGGUUGAAGGCUUAUGA